AUGAAAUCAACCCUUCAAACGGCGGCACUCGCCCUCGCGUGCGCUCCUCUCACGUGUGCCCUGAACGUCACCAUACUUGCGGAUACCAACCGGGAUGGAAUCAUCGAUGCCAAGACGGAUGCCGAAAAGAAAGCCGAGUGGAGUGAGACGAGAGGUGCUCUUUUCUUGCCCAACAUCGGAGACGCGGAUGAUCAUUGCCACGAAAAGAUGUUCGACAUAUUUUCAAACCUCAAUCAUAGCCUCGAUUUGUCGGUCAACACCGACAUCCUGGGCAACGCGAUCGAGUCUUGCAACGACGCUUCAGACGAUACUCAACGCAACCCACAAUACCUGGCUCCCAUCCUGGUCCUCGCGAACUGCAAGGUCAGCCCCAGUGCAACAGGCUCUGUCCACGUGACGAACGACCUGGCCGCCAAGAAGGUCCGCAUCUUCCAAAAGGAUGGCGACGCCUGGAAAUACAUUGCAGCAAAUCACAUAUUCACGGCACAGGAGCUCAGGAAAGGCUUGUCCCUUGACGUGGAGCAGUUCAUAUCAACAGCCGGUGAUGACGAUGACGUUGACGGCGCCCAGGCCUACUUUGUAAAACAACUUCAGAAGCACGUUGCCGACGCAGGGUUCAGUGAACCCGUCACCCUCAUGUCCAACAGCGAUGAAGUCACGACGCAGGACUACUUUGAGUCGGGGUACGCCAGUAUCCCUGGCCCUCACGGUCCCGUCGUGAUCCGCAUCGUGAUCCGGUCCGCCCAGUGGCAACUCUUCCCUGGUGUCGAGGCAAUCGAUCGCCUGCGAUCAGACACCGUGGGCGCCGUGCAGCAACCUUUGUUGGCGUCGGACAGCCCCACUGACUCGUUGGGGAACCUCGAGACCAUCCCCCCCUACACGCACAACGGCAAGUCGUACCCCGCCGGCCGCAUCGUCAUGGGCGCCGUGAAAGGCGUCAAGCCGCUCAUCUUUCCCUUCCUCGAAGCGCAGGAGUUCCAGGUGCCCCUCCUGCUCGACGUGUCUUGGUUGGCUCCCGUCCAAAUCGACAAGUUCCUCCACUUCCUGCCGGCGGACAACGAGCGCGGCUGGGUUCUCAUGAUCAACGAUCCCAACGCCGGCCUCGAGCUCCUCGCCCGCGCCUCACGCGACGGCCACGGCGGGCUGCCCGCCGUGUCCCGACCAGUACUGCCCACCACCUUCGGCUGCCAGGUCAUUGAGACGGUCGACAAGGUGUUGGGCUUGGCCGAGUUGGAGAUCAUCACACGCAACGUGACGGUCCGCAUCGAGGACAACAUCGCGAUCCUCAAGCGCGAGACGGGCCUCUCGGACGACGAAAUCUUCCGCGUGCCCGCCCUGUUCUACCCGGUCGAUCGCCCGGUCUUCACCUGCGAUGAGGAGGCAGAAAACACCGCGCCCGCCCGGGGCGCGCCGGGUCCAUCAUUGAUGCGUCCCUGCCGCUGCGGAAAAAGGGAAAAAGGAAUUCGUACGCAGACAGGAGAACUUCGGCAAAAGGGGUCUGGACGGUAUUACCCGAAUGCCAUCAACAACAUCGUGCUGACGGCGAAUCACACGGUCCUGGCGCCCAAUCCGUUCGGUCCUGUCAUUGAUGGCGUGGACAUAAUCGCCGAGGCCAUCACGGCAGUGUACGCAAGGGCCAACUUCAAGGUGACGUACUUAGACGACUGGUUCUCUCAUUAUAUCAACGGCGCGGACGUGCACGACGGCACCAACGUGUGGCGUGACGCCAGCAUGCCUUGGUGGGGAUAG